ACUAAAACCUCUUUUGACUCCUGUACAAACAGUGAACCUUUUGGCCGGAUAGCCAAAUAGGCCAUACAUGAAGAAGAUAAAAAAGAAGACUAAAGACUAACUUCAAGGCAUAGAAAGUUUUACUUUUUGUUUUGACUUAGUUUAGCUCAAGCAUAGAUAAAAUAUAUGUUAUCUCUACGAGCUUAAGCUUACUGUUUGACAGUAAAAGCUGAUAAUAAUUUCAAUUUUCAUUUUUGAAUUCUCAAAAAAAUUGGAUAAGUCAAAACGAGAACGUUAUAGAGAAAUCACUGACCUUGAUUUUUUUCAAUCAACGUUCAAUAAUGGAUAUUAAUCGUGAGCUGAUUGAGAGGAAUGAUGAUUUCGGUCACGAAAAUAUUGAUAUCAAAAUAGAAAUAGUAAAAGAAGAGAUGAGGGAAGACUCCAUUAUCAAAUGUGAAGCCUGUAAGGAGUUUAUAAGUGGAACGAUCUGCGUACAUAACAUGAAAUUUGCAGGUUCUAAUGAGGACAUAAAUGAAAUAUUGGAUGACCAGACUAUCACAGCUCAGGAACUUGAAGAUUCCAAAAUCAAGUACACUGAUUUAAAAUUCACACCAGACCAGGAAAGUUGUCUUGAUAGCAAACAGUUCUCGUCAGUUGAUACGGACUUUGUCAAAAGUGAAAUCAAGAGGGAAAUAGAGCAAGGCAACUCAGAGAAUGAAGACGAUGUUUCUUAUGAAAAUUUCAGUGAAAAGAUGACCAAAAUAGAGGUUGAACAGGAUUCCUUUGGAGAAUCACAGAAAAAUUUUGCGACUGAUGAAAGAUUAUAUACAGAUGAAAGACCCAUUCAGUGUAAUUUCUGCUUCAAAUAUUUUACUCAUUUUAGUUACUUAAAGAACCACGAGAGACUCCAUAUGACAGAAACAUCACAUAGUUCUACAGUUGAUUCUGAAAGAAAAAAGUAUGAAUGUGAAUUGUGUUCAAAAUCUUUUUUACGCAAUUCUGCCUUGAAAAGGCAUUCUAGAAUUCAUACAGGUGAAAAAUCAUACAAAUGUGAAAUCUGUUCAAAAUCUUUCUUAGAAAGUUCUACCUUGAAGAAGCAUUCUAGAAUUCAUACAGGAGAAAAACCAUAUGAAUGUGAUAUUUGUUCAAAAUCUUUUUUUGAAAGUUUUGACCUAAAAAUGCAUUCUAGAAUUCACACAGGAGAAAAGUCGUAUAAAUGUGAAAUAUGUUUAAAAUCAUUUCUUAAUAGCUCCAAGCUACGAAAUCAUUCUAAAAUUCACACAGGGGAAAAAACAUAUAAAUGUAUGAUCUGUUUAAAAUCUUUUUCUCAUAGAUUUGCCCUAGCGAGGCAUUCCAAUAUUCAUACAGGAGAAAAACUUCAUAAAUGUGAGAUUUGUUCAAAAUCUUUUCAUGAUGCUUCCAACUUGCAGAGGCAUUUGAAAAUUCACACAGGGGAUAAACCAUAUAAAUGUGAAAUCUGUUCAAAAUCGUAUCCCAAUAGUUCUGAGUUGCAAAAGCACAAAAUCCACACGGGGGAAAAACCAUAUAAAUGUGAAAUCUGUUCAAAAUCUUUUUCCUGUAAUUCUCACCUGAAGACUCAUUCUAGAAUUCACACCGGGGAAAAACCAUAUAAAUGUGAAAUUUGUUUUAAAUCUUUUUCCUGUAAUUCCAACUUGAAGAUGCAUUUAGAGUCCACUCGGGGGAGAAACAAUAAAUGUUUAAUCCAUUCAAAAUAUCUGUUUGAGCUCCUGGAAAAUAAGUCCAUUAAAUUGAAUAAAGAAAUUAGUUUCAUGGAAUCAUUUUCCAACAGCUUGUCUACUCUUUAUGGAUAUUCACAUUGA